AUGAAAAAUACUUGGCGUCAUAUCAGAGAUAACUACAUGCGAUAUUUAAACCAAGGAAAAAGUGGCGAUUCAGCAAAAUCAAGAAAAAAAUACAUAUAUGCUGAUUCGUUAUCUUUUUUGCAACAAUCUCUCGUAAAAAGAAGGACAAGUGGAAAUUUUGAAAAUAUUGAAACACCAUCAUUGGAGCAUGAUUCAAUUGCUGAAAAUGAUAGUGAUUUAAAUCUAAACAUUAGUAGUGAUUAUGUUAAUGAUUUAAAUUCACAACCAUUAGAACCUCAAACAGAAAACAUAAGCCAAAAACAACGAUCACCCUCGGCAGCUCGGCAAUCAAAAAGAAAUGUACCUCAAACAAAUGCAUUUCAAUCACAGUUAUUGGAUUUGUUGAAAGAACCUGAGCUUAAUAUUUUGCAAGAUCCCGAUAAUAUGAUGCUGUUGUCGUUUUCACCGAAAUAUAAAAAAUUAAACGAAGACCAGAAAAUAGAUUUUCAAAUGCAAAUGUUACAAUUUUUUAAAAAUAUUAAUAGACCUAUGCCACCGUUAUUUAAUCAACCAAUAAUACAAGAAAUAGAACAACGUCACUUGUAUCGCCCUCCUAUAUCAGCAAACAAUCAGACAACACAGUCAUAUAGUCUAGCAGAUCCUUAUUCACAAUUUUUAACACAUUCUCAAAAUUCAUACCAGCCCUUGUAA